AUGACGACGACAUUGCACCCAGCUAUUGCUGAGAGCAAUCCACUCGAAACCACCACCACAAUCAACACACUGUCUGAAGAUCUAAUAGCCGAAAUCCUAUUCAGGCUUCCGGCGAGGAACCUUCUGGAACUCAACACCGUCUGCAAGUCAUGGAAAACCUUAAUCUCCAAUUCCAGAUUUGCCCUAAACCAUUUCCGACGCUCAAUUGCGGAUCCAACCAUGACGAAUCCUCGAUUGGUCUAUUCCACUCGCCAUUUCGUUGAUUGUAAUAUCGGAUUCUUCCCCGUACAGCCAUUAUUGGAGAACACAUCAUCUCCAUCAUCAAACCCUACCACUGUCGUUAGCUUCGAGAUGAAAGAUUGCCUCGAAAUUCUUGGCUCCUGCAACGGCUUACUCUGCUUGCUCGAAAUUAUAUGUAAUUUUGUUCCUUGCACCGGAGUCGAGUCCGAUUGGAUUGAAAUUGAGCAAAGAGGAGUAGAAGUUGUGAAUCACGGUUUCGGCUACGAUCAUGUGCAUGACAGGUACAAGCUCUUGUUGUUUGUUCAGAAACGUCGCCAAGAACCUAAAACCCCAAUGGUUUUGACGUUUGGCGCAAAUAAUUCUUGGUCAACAAUGCCGGAUUUCCCGUUUUACCCUCAACGAUGCAAAGGGGAAUUCGUGAGUGGCACUCUCAACUGGAUUCAUAAGGUGCCUGUCACUCUCAAUUCUUGGAUGAUAGUUUUCUUUGACUUGGCCAGGGAGAGUUUCGGUGAAGUAUUUCUGCCUUUUAUGAAUGGCGAGCCUGUGUUGCAAGUGGCGAGGGAAUGCCUUUGCGUUUGUGUUGACCAUCAGAAAAGUCAUUUUGAUGUGUGGAUAAUGAAGGAGUAUGGAGUUGAAGAGUCUUGGACUAAAUUGAUUGUGAUCUCACAUGUGGAACUCAAGCAUUAUGAACCCCCUUAUCCUUUGUACCUGGUGUACAUCUAUGAGAAUGGUGUUGUUUUGGCCAUUCCUCCUACAAGUUACAAGUUAGUUUUGUAUGACCCAAAUGAUCAUAACCGGUUACAUUAUCCUUUGUUUGACAGCUCAAGUGAUGGCAUGACAAAAUUUCCCAUGAGUGAGAGAGCAGCUCCUAGGGGCUUUCAUGUUUUCCAUGAAAGCUUGGUUUCACCCUCACAUCUCGGCUUUCCAAGUGAAGUAGCUUAUUGGAAUUGA